UGAGUAUUUCUCACACGUCGUUGACGUUUUGUCGUUCAUAGCGGGUUUCAGCUCAAUCGUCUAUCCGAAGCUACUACAAAGUAGAGACGAAGACGGUAAGCAGUUACUGGUGAUCGACGACAAACUACAACUGAAGCUGGAGAAAAGUUCGGUGCUUGCAAAGCAAUUUCUAUACACAACGCAUGAGGACGGCAUGGAAAUUCAUCACCACUUGGACGGUGAAGAUCUGGAGAAAAAUUUGUAUCAUGACUCAGACAAGAUGGCUUCCCUCAUGAUGUCAACGGAAGGUGGACUUCGAGUGGAAGGCAUUAUUGGAAGCAACCUCCGGAUAAGGCCGCUCGAUGCUAGAGAACGUAGCUCUGAAGGUGAUACGGGACACCUAGUUUACCAGGUGAAGGAAAGAAUGUCUCGAUCGGCAGACAUCUUGUAUGCCCCUGGCAAAGAAUUUGACAAAGGUGCUUCUACGUUUGUGAAGCCAGUGCAUGGUAAAUGUUUUUCCAAUCGAAAUAUAUGGCAGGUACACAUGACAAGUAGUCUUCGAGCAGUCAUGACGUUGACUUGAUGCU